GACCGAGCGCCGCGUGAGGUUUCUGUUGUUUGCUUUUACCGAGACUGAAUCAACGGCGGCCAUGUUGUCAGCAAGUCCGCGAUGCGGCCGACAGCUGGUGGUAGCACUGAGCAGAGGCCGCGCCACAGCGGCGGCGGCGGCAAUGGCGGAGAAGGGAACUACGGCGGAGCAGACGCAGGAGUGGCUGAGGGCGAAGCCCUUUGAGGAAAUGCCAGGGCCCAAACCACUGCCUAUCAUAGGAAACACGUGGAGAUUCCUGUUGCCAUCAGGAGACUACAAGACGACCGACAUGGCCGAGAUGAUGUUCCAGAUGCGCCAACAGUACGGAGACAUCGCCAAGCUGGUGGGCCUCCCGGGGAAGCCGCCGAUGGUCUUCUGCUUCAGUGCCAACGACGUGGAGAAGGUGUACCGCAAUGAGGGCCCGAGGCCGGUGCGUGACACGAUUCAGUCCAUCAAAUACUACCGGGGCGUCGCCAGGAAGGACUGGUUUGGCGACAUCCAGGGCGUGGCCACCACUCAGGGGGAGCAGUGGUACGAGUUCAGGAGGAGAGUCAACCAGCCCAUGAUGCAGCCGCGUUCCAGCAAGCUGUACGUUCCCUCCAUCGACCAGGUCACUCUCGACUUCACCGACAGAAUGCUGACCAUCAGAGACGAGAAUAUGAAGAUGCCUGGAGACUUCACGAAUGAACUGAACAAGUGGGCGCUAGAAUCAAUUUCUGUGGUGGCUCUGGACACACGCCUUGGCUGUCUGGAUGGAAACCUCCCCCCAGACUCAGAACCCCAGCAAAUGAUCGAGGCGAUGCAUACCCUGUUCGACUGCAUGCUCAAACUGGACGUGAGGCCCUCGCCCUGGAAGUACAUCAGCACGCCGGCCUGGAGGCGCCUAGUCAAGUCGCAGGACUACUUCUACCACGUGGCAAUGAAACACAUCAACGAGGCGAUGGACCGAAUGAAGAAGCGAGGAGCAGAACAAGUGUCAGCUGGAGAACUCAGCGUGCUGGAGAGGUUGCUACUCUCCAACGACGACCCGCGCAUCGCCAUCGUGAUGGCCCUGGACAUGAUGGGAGCCGGCAUCGACACGACGGCCAACUCCGCUGCCACGGCGAUGUACUUCCUGAGCAAAAACCAGAGGGUCCAGGAGAAACUCUACCAGGAGGCGAGGGCGCAGCUCCCGGACUCACCCUCUCAGCCACUCACUGCCGACAAGUUGGAGGCCUGCAAGUACCUCAAAGCCUGCGUCAAGGAGGCCAUGAGACUGCAUCCUGUGGCAAUAGGGGGCAGCCGACAGGUCACAGUGGACAACCUGGUGCUCAGCAACUACCGUAUACCUCGAGGGGUCAACAUCAUGCUGGCCAACAUGGUGCUCACCAACUCGGACGAGCACUUCUCGCGGCCCUCCGAGUUCAUUCCCGAGCGGUGGCUCAAGGACGACGACUCUGCCCAGACGGCGCACCCAUUCGCCUUCAUGCCGUUCGGCUUUGGCCCCAGGAUGUGCAUCGGUCGCAGGUUCGCCGAGCUCGAGAUCUACACCUUAUUGGCCAGGGUCGUGCGCCGCUUCAAGCUGGAAUUUGAUGGCGAGAUGCGCUGGAGAACGACGGUGCUGCAUGUGCCAGUGACACCGCUCACCCUUAAGGUCACCGAAAGGGAGCAGUAGUUGUGACGCCACACCCACACCCAGCUGUUGCUGUGCAGCUGAACCACACACCUGUACUGACUGCCAUUAACGCUGUGCAACAGUAUUCACUGUAUUCGUUUCUCAGUGUUUAUAUGCGAUUUCUCAUAGCUUUAUGUCAGCCCCAAAUUCGGGAAAUGAAACUGAUCUUACUUUUAUUUUAAUGAAUAUAACCAUAUUUACACCUUAUAUUUUGACAAAUAUGAGGUUGUAUACUUUUAUAUUUCUUAUUUGUGAAAAGAAAGAAGAGCAACAAUUAGUGGUAUUAACAGAAGUGAUGUUGACUGUUAUACUAUGUCACAAUAUGUUAUUGUGAAUGUUGAUUACUGUAUGAUAAUCAAAAUAUAUCUUUUGGUUACAUAUGAAAUAACUAUAAUGUCCAGUGUUUUACAAAUUCAAAAUAUUUGAAGAAUGCCAUUAUGUAUAAGUAAAAAGCUGCUUCUGAGACAUAUUUUUAAUGUUAAGAGUAGAAAAUCAUCUUCAGCCGAUCUUUGUAUAUGCACAAAACCUACAAGGCAACGUUAUCUGGAAUAUUGUGCAAAUAAAUUCUCAUGUUUCAGAAAAUAAUUUCAACUGAUAUCAUUAUAGUAAACGUUUGCAGAAGAGGAAACUUUUGGGUCAAACACAUAAAAAAACUUUUGUGAACAUGGAAGAUAAUCAUAUCUGUUAUAUGCUUGAGUCACAGAAUCAUCAAUUGCAGACAACAUGACAUAACAAAUCUGUCAAAUAUGUUCUUACAAUUGCCAAAGUCGCAGUGAAACUGACAGAUGGAUUGGUUGAUGUCUGCUUACAUAAGCAGUUUAGUGAAUAUCUAUAAUGUAAAAGUUCAUUCAAGCAGUUACAUGUUAUGGUUGUGUACAGGGUUCUGAUCACAUAACUACAUUUGUAAAGCUCAACUGAAGAUGACUUUGCGAUCGAAAUUAGUCCCAACAAUAAAGAAUACUAGU